AUGGCCACGACUCAGAAGGAGCUCGGUCAAAUGGACCUCCAGGAGCGCGUCUCCUACAUCCAGUCGGCGACCAAGGACAAGGAUGUCGAUGGCGACUACGCCGACGCCAAGACGCCCGGUGAGCUCGAGGACGGCGCACUCGUCGCCGGUGGUGCGCUUUCGCUCGUCUCCCGUGAGGCCCUCGCGCUCUUCUCGCAGUACUUUGCCAUCGGCAUUCUCUACGGCAUGCUGCCCGGCAUGCAGUACUCGGUCUUUCAGAACUACUUGAAGAUGGAAGGCUACCAAGUGUCGGCCUACGGUUGGUUCUUCACGGGCGUCCCGCUUGCCGACAACGUCCCCGCUGGUAUCCGCUUCAUCGUGGCCACCUACUGCGCCGUCGAGAUCGCCGACAUUGGUAACGAGGGUGCCACUUACGGUCUCGUGACGACGAUCUCGAACCUCGCGUCACCGUUCGCGUCGGUCAUCUACAAGCUCAUCGACUCGUACUUUGAUGUGUCCAUGGACCAGAUGGCGGAAGAUGACAACCACGUCCGCUGGGAGGUCACGUACUGCUACUUCAUCUCGUAUGCGUGCAAGCUGGCGGCGCUUGGCUGGCUCUUCCUCCUCCCGCCGCAGAAGGAAGCCAUGCAAGAGCUGAAGAAGCGUGGCCAGACGAGCAAGCUUGCGGGUGCGCUCCUCGUCGCGAUUUUCUUCAUUGCGCUGACGUUUUCGGUCACGACCAACUUUAUGUCUGUGUACCCGUCGACCAAGUGCUACCGCAUUGCCGGCGGCAAGGGUACGGUCAACGGCUCGUGCCCGAUCAAGAAGUAA